AUCAAGAUGGCUCCAUUGCGUAAAGGACACUUACUAGCCCGAGUAAAUUUUCCCCCUUAUGCUAUCCAUAAUCUGACAGAACGACAUAUUCUUGUCGCUGGAGGCGGAGGUGAUGCAAAAUGUGGUAUUCCAAACACUGUAGAGAUAUACGAGUUGAUCAACAAUGGUUCCACAUGUCGAGCAGAACCCGUGACACAUUAUGACACAGGCUCUCAUGCUAUUAUGAAUUGUACAGUGUUUCACAAUGGUAAACAUCAUGUCCUAGCUGCAGGAAUGGAAGAGAUGUGUCAGAUGUAUCAGUUGACGUACAAAAUAUUAGGUGAAGAGAAAGAUGGUUCAGGGGUAAAAGUUGGAGUCAAAGAUAAGACUCCAACACCCAACAAUAAGUCAGUACGUCGUCGUCGACGGACUAAUUCCUUUAGUUCAGAAAAUGAAAAAGAUAUAAAAGAGGAAGAAAACAAACCGAAGAUACAAGAAAGUACCACAGAAAUGGGAGUUCCAGUUGUAGAGAAAAAAAGAAAAAAAUCUGAUGCUAACUCUAACUCUAUCAUAACUCAAGUUGGAUUUGAUGUAAAACCUAUUCAGAGCUUUCAAACUGACUUCAAUAAAAAGGAAGAACCAUUUCAGAAAGUUGUGCGAUUUACUUCAGUUUCUAAUAUUUUGGCUACUGCUGGAGCAGAUGGUCAUGUUAGGUUGUGGAAGUAUCCUGAGUUAACAUUGUUGCAUGAUAUUGAGGCUCAUGGAGAUGAAGUGGACAAUAUUGAUUUCAGUCCCUCAGGCAACAAGAUUGUCAGCAUAUCUCGUGAUGGCCAUGGUUUUGUUUGGAAUGUUAAGGAUGGCACCAAGCAUUGUGAGCUGAAGUUUUUGUUGCCAAAGAAAGGUGAUGACAAGUACAUUUUUCGUUCUUGUAGAUAUGGAAUUGUGGAAGGAGAUAAAUCAAACUUUAAGUUAUUUACUAUUGUAAAUCCUGCUGUGAGAAAAAAGACACCACUUCCUUGUUAUUUAUUUAAAUGGAAUGCCACCAAAUAUGUUGUAGAAAAGAUGGUUUCAACUGGUACGGACAUGCUUUCAGUGAUGACUGUAAGUGAUGAUGGAAGAUUUGUUGGUUUGGGCACACUCUCAGGAAGUGUGGAUAUCUACAUCUCAUUCAGUCUAAUGAAACUUUAUCAUGUGGAAAAUGCUCACAAUAUAUUUGUUACUGGGCUUGAAUUUCUGCCCAGUAAUGAGGAAGCCCAGCGCAUCACUGGUGACCAAGAUACGUCUCUAAUCAGUAUAUCAGUGGAUAAUCAUAUCAUUGUUCAUCAUGUUCCAAAACCAUCAACCAUGGGAAUUGUUGGAAUCCUUCUCCUCUUUAUGGCAGUAUUGUUUCUUGUUUACGUUCUCUUGGAUUAUCUGAAUCUCUGAGAAACUUGAAUUUUUUCUUAACUUUGUGUAUUUGGGAAGUACAUUUUGUACUUGUUAACAAACAUAUAUAUAUAAGUAUUAUACAUUCCAGCUAUAGUGAUUGAAUGGUGCCUUUUGAAGGACCAAUACUUAGGUGAAUAUGAAAGAGAAGGGGGUGACAAGUAUUUUGUCUCUCUCAACGUAAAUGACUAGUAUGUUCUUAAGCCUUAAUUAUGGACAGUAAUGCUGAAUAACUUAAGUUUUCAGUGUAGUAAGAUAUGUUGAUGUAAAAAGUACAUUAAAAAUAUCAUAAAUAUGAGUCAUAAUGAGAUCAUUGAACGUUAUAAGAUACAUUUACAAAACAUCAUUUUUUUAAGUUUCAUAAUGCUAGGAAGAUCAGUUAAUCAAGACUAACUCCAUAAAUAUAAACUUUAUUACCUUCAAUUCUUCAGUAUUACACCUUCCACAGUCUUAAGGCAUCUCAAAGUACCUAUGAAGAGUUUAGAUGCAAAACGAGGUACAUCCAUUUUUUCCACUUUUAUAAAAUUCAUUAUGUUUCUUAAAGCUGAUGGAUGAUGAAUAAGUAUUCCACACCUCCAGUGUAUAAAAUGAAAUACUAAAACAGAUGAUUAGAUCAUGUUACCACAAAUCAAAGUUUAUUAAACUUUAUAGUGUUAAAUGUUUAAUUGGUUUUGUGGAGAAAAAAAAACAAUAUAUCCAGGGCUUUGUUUUUUUUUUAAACAAGAUAUGAUCAAAUGGUUUUAGGUUCAUAAAGAUAAUUAAAAAUCCCAUUUAAAAUGUUUUUUAAAACAGCAAUAUCAUUACUGAUUAUAAUAAACAAAAACUGAUGCAAAACCAUGAAAAAAGUGAAAAAGCAAGUAAUUGUAUUCUUACUGUUAACCCUUUCAGUGUGGCUGGGAUGUGUAUACGUCCCAGCCACAGUGAAUGGGUUAACUUGUCAUUGAUGAAGUUACAUACUACUCUGGAAAAAGAAAUAAUUAAUGUGAUAUCAGAAAUUAAUUCGAAUAUUAUAAAUAAAAAAGCAAAGUAAUUAUUUGUUUAUUGGCCUUUCAAAAAUAACCUAUGGAAAGGGAGGAAAAACAGAAUGAGUAUUACAGGUGGAUGUAAAUACCAGUUUCAUCACACAAAUAACCAUAAUCAGAAUUGUAUUAUGUACCAUAAGUACUGUAACAGUAUCAGAAAGUCCUUCUAGUCACUGGCCUGAUCACAGGACACUGAUAUGGUCAGCACCAGCCAAGGCAAUGUUAUAGAAGUUAUGUAUAUCCUGUUCCACUAGAAGUUCACCAAGAAACUGUGCUUGGCUUUCAAAUUGUGUGCUUCUGAUUUGACAUCAAGGUAUUUCUGCACUGUAGUUUCUUGGCAUACAUGAUUGUUUGACAGGGGUAAAUAAUUAAUUUGAUGUGCACCCAGAUUUUAACUUGUCACUACCUUAGUUCUCCCCACAAAUUUUUUGGCCUCAUCACACCAUUUUCCAAACAGUAUCUACAAAUACCUGGAAGUAAAAUAAAGGAAAAUCUUGAAAUAAAAUAUAUAUUUAAUUAUCAAAAAUGAAGAAUAUGCCUUGUUUCCUUUGCACAUAAUUACAUAAUGGUGAGGCUUUUAACACAACUUCAGUUUCAGUUUGAUGUAAAAUAAAUUCAAAUAAAUCCAAUAAAAAGUAUAAAAAUAUUAAGUUUGCUGUUGAUCAAUCAGAGAUUUAUAGCGACAUUUAUCCCAUCUUACCACAGAAAUAAAGUAGUUAAGAAAGGAAGAUGAAAAAAUUAAAAAACUGAAUUAGUAACAAAUAUUUAAUCUAAGCCUAUUUACCACUAAUAAUAGAUAUUUUGCCUACUGGUGCUCUUAUCUGUUAUCUUGCUAGAAAGUAGUAUUUUAAAGCCUCAUCUUUUACUUUACUUAUGGCAUUGUCAUGGACAUGGAGUUUUUUCAAUUUUGAUACAUUCAUUCAACUGAGGAAGAUAGCAUCAUGUCCAACUUUGUCAUGUGUCUGAAAAAACUGGCUAUCAGUAUAAGCCCAAUCAUCUGGUUUUAGCUGGAUGGUGAGGUAAAGUUUGUCAGCAUUUUGAUUGCAGGCAAUUGCUGGGAACUUAGCAGAUCCACUGUGACAAAGGUUUUGGAUGACAUCCAUGAUUUAGUUCUUUUAUUGUCACUUUAGUUGGCUCACUAAUUUCAUCAGAAGUGUUUAUUUUGAACAUAGAAUAGUACAAUAUGAACAGGCUUAAAUGUUGACUACAAGGUACAAGGAUUCUAUGAUAUUUGUGUCGUGGUAAGAAUAUGUGCACUGAUUAUGUCAAUGAAAUAGAAGUGGCAUGUAUCACAUAUUGGAAUGAAACAGAUAUAUCUACUGUAUAUAUCAUAGCUUAUUUCACAAUUAGCAACAAAGUGAUUUUGAGCAUUGUAAUUUAUAUAUAUUGAGGUAUAUGAUCCUGGCAUUAAUGCAACUUUCAUAAUGAUGGUGUAUUUCUUCCUUUGGAUCUAUUCUCUUCAUAUUGACUUUAGUGACAUACCUUGUGCACAUGGAUCAUAUAUAACUUUAUAAAAAUGUAUACAUUUGAAUUUAGUAACAAAAUUGAAAUAGAAUAAUUUAAAUGCACAUCAACACAUAUGCCUGAGCUUGUAAGAUUAUUCAACUAAUUUUGUAAAAUGAUCUUUCUAUUUAAAAUAAAAACAUUGACAAAAUACACAUUUGUGUCAAAAUAUAAAUUUGAGCAUUAAAUUCCAUAAUAAAUAUAUAUAUAUGUUUAUUGGUGGUUUUUAUUUUUCAUUUAAUAAAUGAAAAAUAUAAUAUCGAAUAUAAUUGAAUAUCGAGGUGUAUUAAGUUUGUAGCAAUAUACAGACUGAUGAAAGUGUAAUACUGAAAUUUUAAUAACAGCAUUGAUUUUUGCUUAUUUAGUUUUGUUCAUGUUUGAUUAAAGAAAUAAAUGUUUUCACAACAUUUUAGUUUGAUUCCUAUCCUUACUAGUCCUGUAUACUUUAUAGAUUAGUAUUAGAUAUUUUAACUACUGUUUUAAGCAUGUAAAGAUUUGAUAACAGAAAGACUACAUAUUGUAAGUUCUAUUGGAAGUUAAAAAAAAAAAGAGAAAAAAAAACACACACACAGUGUUUGUAGUGGACAUGUUUCUAUUUUGAAGCUACUAUAAUGUUUGUGACUUGUGUACUAUUAUUCUGUCCAAGUAAUUUGUGGUGUGUGAAUUUUAUGCAUGCUUUUUAAUUGCAUUCUUUCUUUUACCAGAGAUAUGUAUAUAUACAUAUAUAUGUUUUAUUCACACUGUGUAAAGUGUGUUAAAAAAGUGAUGGGGAAAUUCUUUUGCCACUGCAAGUUGGAAACAUUUUUCAAAACAGUGUUGUAAUAUAUUUAUGAGGAGCGAAUAAAGUAUUUAAAUGCUCUA